ACAUUUUGCUCCUCAUGUUCAUUUGAUUGAAAUUUAUCGGCAAGCGUGGAAAUGAUUGAUAUGUUUAGAUGUAAAUAUAAGGGUCAUGUUUAUAGAUACUAAACCAGGAACAUCAAUGCCAACAAAAACAAAUCAAUGCAUAGCUCAUGGGCAUUUUUAUAUUCUUUCAGUGGUUUUGAUACAGGUAGCUGGGGUCCUAUCUGCAUCAUCAACAGAGAAGUUGGUUGUAUUUAUAUAUCAAUUGGCUGCAUAUGACUUACUGAAUAUUAUUAUCAGACAGAGACAUUAGCAGCAAAUUUUAACAGCUUUGGUUCCUGCUAUUGUUUGCUUGAAUAUCAAAUUCAUGAAUUUUUAGACUGCCUCACUCCCCUAGUCUCUGUUGGCUUUCAAUAUUUAUUUGGAAACCUUGGACACAAUAAUCAAUCUUGCAAUUUUUCCUGCAAGAGGGCAUAUAAAAAGCAGAAAACAGCACAGCAGAAGUUGGCUUGUCACAACAGUGUUCAGGAAGUAGGUGGUGAUAGGUUUGUCCCAAUUUAAUUAAAGUAUCACUUCUUUUGGUCAAAAUUUAGCCUUUAAAAUAUCUAUGCUCUAGGGAUUGAUUGGUUCCUUUUCCUGAAUUUUGUGGUUAUAUAUGGAUGUGCAUCUGCAGAGAAACUUAAACUGGGCAACAAUGGCAGUUCAUGGCUUUGUUGAUUGGAAAGGCAAUCCAAUUAACAAGAAGCAACAUGGAGGAGUCAGAGCUGCUUGUUUCAUCUAUUUCUUGGUGGUGAUGCUGAACAUGGCUUAUGUGCCAAACAUGUUGACACUAGUAACAUACUUGCAUGGCACCAUGCACACUGGAGUUGCUAGCUCUUCAACCAUUGUCACCAAUUUUAUUGGUGCCACUUGUGCAUUUGCUCUUUUAGGGGCCUUUCUAUCUGAUUCAUAUAUCUCUAGACUCACAACCAUUUUCAUUUUUGGUCCUUUUGAGUUGUUGGGUUUUGGAUUACUGGCACUGCAAGCACAUUUCCCUUCGUUGCACCCACCAACUUGUGACCCUGAUGCACAAUCUAGUAAUUGCAGAAGUGUUCAUGGUUUCAAUUCGAUCUUGUUGUAUAUAGCAUUGUAUACCAUUGCACUUGGUGAAGGCUGCAUUCGGGCUUCCUUAGCGUCUCUAGGCGCAGACCAGUUCGACACUGAUGAUCCAAUUGAAUCAAGGCAAUGGUCUAGUUUCUUCAACUGGUUCACGUUUGGCAUCUCUUCUGGAGCAUUCUCAGGUUUGAUUCUCAUUGUGUGGCUUGAGGAUAACAAAGGUUGGGAUAUUGGGUUUGCUGUAGGUGCUCUUCUAGUACUGCUUGGAUUGUUAGUGUUAGCUUUCGGUUUUCCUUAUUAUCGCAACCAGAGACCGCAGGGAAGUCCUUUAACAAGAGUUCUUCAGGUUUUUGUUGUUGCAUUUAAGAACAGAAAACUCACUUUUCCUGAAACUUUGGAAGAUGUUAAACAAGAAGACACUUCACAAGAAGAAGUGAUCCCUCAAACCAAAGACUUUAAGUUCUUAGAAAAGUCAUCAAUCUAUCAAGGGAAAGCUGGAGGUUGGUCUUAUUGCUCAAUCAAUCAAGUUGAAGAAACAAAGAUCAUACUUAGAAUGAUACCAGUUUUGAUCAGCUCAAUUGUGGCAUACAUAACAACCCCACUACUCCUAACUUUUAGUGUACAACAAGGUGGUACAAUGAACACCAGAAUAGGCAAGAUUCACAUUGCCCCUGCAUCCCUCAUGUUAAUUCCAGUAACAUUUCAGAUGAUCAUCCUAGUGGUCUAUGACCAGUUUUUUGUGCCUUUUGCUCGGAAGAUCACUGGGUACACAAGUGGUAUCACGAGUCUUCAACGUAUUGGUAUCGGCUUCCUUUUCAUGCCAAUAUCAACAUGCGUGGCGGCACUGGUAGAGAUGAAAAGGAAACAUUAUGCAGAAGAGCAUGGAGAGCCAAUGUCAGUGUUUUGGCUAAGUAUGCAGUUCUUCAUACUUGGGAUCAAUGAUGUCACAAACUUUGUGGGAUUGUUGGAGUUCUUCAAUGGUGAAGUUUCAAGGGGAAUGAAGUCAAUAGGAACAGCUAUAUUUUGGUGUGCAAUUGGGUUGCCAUCUUUGCUUGGGAGUGUUCUUGUUAAUGUUGUGAAUAAAAUUAGCAGAAAUGGAGAUAGAGAAGGGACUGGAUGGUUGGAAGGGAAGACUUUGAAUGAGAGUCAACUUGAUAAGUUUUAUUGGUUGAUGUCAGUGAUUGGUGUCAUUGCAUUCUUCAACUAUUUGGUUUGGGCUAGGAAGUAUGUUUACAGGCACAAUCCUAGGAUUUCUGUUUCCUAGUGUUUGUUCAACAAUUGUUGUACUUACCCUAUGAAUUGUAAAUGGUGAACUUUCUAAUGGGGAAAUAAUAAUUGGAUUAAA